AUGACUACCCGCACGGAAGAUGGUAUAUUUGCCACAACGGAAGGCACACUACACGUUUCGAAGCCAUUCCGGUCAAGAUCGACCAAGAAGUUUCGCGCAAUGGUUACAUUUGAACCUAGGAAGACGCACUUUGACACCACGAAUGAAACGUCUGGUACGAAUGAGUUUCGGGGUUUCUUCACGCUUUUCUGGAUGUCAUUGUUCCUGUUCACAGUACAGACUUAUAUCAGUAGCGUCGAGGCGAACGGUUAUGCUCUGUCAUUCGCCUUCGCGACAAUGUUUUCACGCCACGCAGUCACGUUAGCACUGAGCGACUUAGUUCUGGUUUCCACCACGAUUUUAUGUGUUCCGUUUGCCAAGGCCAUCAGCAAGGGUUGGAUCAGCUACUAUUGGACAGGCGCCAUUCUACAACAUGUAUUCCAGACAUGCGUGCUGCUCAUCACAGUCACGUGGACAUUUCAUAGGCAAUGGCCCUGGGUCCAAUCCGGUUUCCUCACUCUCCACUCAUUUGUCAUGAUCAUGAAGAUGUACUCUUAUAUUUCCGUGAACGGCUACCUCCAGUCGAUUUCUAGGCGCUCGAUCAGCGUCUUUACAAAGCUCAAUGAUGCUACAGCUCGUGUUGGAGGUUUGGAACAGGCGUUGCGUGACGCAACGUCGAAGAAGGCGCAGGCGACUUCGCGAUCAGCCGAUACUCCGGUUACCGAUGUCUCAUCACCGAUGGAAACGUGUACCCCCGACACUGAGGGAGUAUUGAUGAAGACCUACACGGACGUGAAGACGGCUGCUGCUUUGAGGCAACGGCUUGCUGCCGUUUCCAGCAGUUUAGAUGAGAACACGGAAUCUGAACGGGGUGCAGUACAUGGAAGCGGGCGCGGAAGCGAUGGAGCUGAUGUUGCAGAUGUCCUUUCUUACCACCCGGAUGAGCGCGUUGCAGAUCUAGCAAAGGAAUUCCUGGACUUGGACUCGGAGUUAGUGAGUACGGGUCCGGAACAAGUGCGUUGGCCCGACAAUGUCACGUACCGGAAUUUUGCGGUCUACCAACUGAUCCCUACCUUGGUAUACGAGCUCGAAUACCCGAGAACCGACCGAAUACGGCCGACGUAUAUUUUUGAAAAGACAAUUGCGUUCAUGGGUUCAUUUGCGCUCCUGUAUACAGUUGCGGAGUGUUUCAUCAUACCGCUCACUCCCACGCCGGAUCAAUCGUUCUUUCGGUCCCUCCUUGACCUUGCUUUGCCGUUCAUGAUUGCCUUUCUACUUCUAUUUUAUAUCAUAUUUGAAUGCAUAUGUAAUGCGUUCGCUGAGCUGUCGUACUUUGCUGAUCGCCUGUUCUAUGAAGACUGGUGGAACUCGACGUCUUGGGAGGAAUUCUCACGUAAAUGGAAUAAGCCGGUGCAUACUUUCCUUCUUCGGCACGUGUAUGCUUCGACACGUGCCUCGUACGGACUAUCGCGCACCGCAGCGAUGUUUGUCACAUUUUUUCUCAGCGCUAUGGCGCAUGAGCUGGUUAUGGCUAUUGUGACGAAGAAGAUUCGCAUGUAUCUGUUCCUGAUGCAACUGAUCCAGAUCCCAUUGAUCUUGGUGAGCAGGGCACCAGUGAUCCAGCGCAACAAGCUCAUGGGGAACGUGGUGUUUUGGCUUGGGCUGUAUGCUGGCUUCCCCCUGCUCUGCGUUGCGUAUGUUGCAUAUUAA